AUGUAUUAAUUAUGGAGAUUCAUCAAGAGGGGUGUAGUGAGCUAACCUCACAUGGUUGGAGGAGUGAUCAUUGGAUAUUUUGGAGUAGGAAUUAUAAGCUAUUACAAUAGUGAUCUAUAAUUCAAUUAUGGAGAAUAUAAUCAACCUCAUUCGCACAAUCACGGAGAGCAAGUUAGAUAGUAUUGUGAAUCAACUUUAUUGUAGAUUAGAUCACAGGUAAAUGAACUCAGAGAGUAAUAUUGA